AUGCAGUACAGAAUGUCAAAAAGUCUUAUUUUAUGUGAAAAUGUGACAAAAGAUGCUCAGACUGAGAAUGUGUUGACUGAUUUAUCAAAUGCUUAUGCUUCAGAUUUGUUGCCAUCCAAGGACAGUAAAGAUUUAACAAAAUGUUUUUUGCUACAAGUGGCAAAUAUCCUUCUUCAUUACAUCAAAAAAACUUUUGAUGUUAAAACUAAAAUACUGGACUUUCAUCAUCCUCAUCAACUUCUUGAAGGUUUGGAUGGGUUUAACUUAGAACUGUCUGACCACCCUGAAUCUUUGGAGCAGUUACUUGUUGACUGCACAGAUACCUUAAAAUAUGGAGUAAAAACAGGACAUCCUCGCUUUUUUAACCAGCUCUCCAGUGGGCUAGAUGUGGUUGGACUUGCUGGGGAAUGGUUGACCGCCACCGCCAAUACCAACAUGUUUACCUACGAAAUAGCUCCUGUAUUUACUGUCAUGGAAACAAUUCUUCUUAAGAAAAUGUAUGAAAUCAUUGGCUGGGGAGAAACAGAAGCAGAUGGAAUAUUUGCACCUGGUGGAAGUAUAUCCAAUCUCUAUGGUAUACUAGUUGCUCGUUAUAAACAAUAUCCAGAGAUAAAAAGACAAGGCAUGACUGCACUUCCGUGUAUUGUGUUAUUUGUUUCUGAACAAGGUCAUUAUUCAGUAAAAAAAGCUGCAGCGAUACUUGGUAUUGGAACUGACAAUGUAAUUGAGGUAAAAUGUGAUGAAAGGGGAAGGAUGAUUCCAGCUGAGUUAGAGAAAAAUAUAUUAGAAGCUAAAAGAAAGGGCCAGACUCCUUUUUGCAUUGUAGCCACAGCUGGCAGCACAGUAUUUGGGGCCUUUGACCCUCUCCACGCCAUUGCGGAUAUUUGUGAGACACACAGACUCUGGAUGCAUGUGGAUGCAGCCUGGGGAGGUGGAUUGUUGCUGUCCAGAAACUACUCCUCUAAACUCAGUGGCAUUGAAAGAGCCAACUCUGUGACCUGGAAUCCACAUAAACUCAUGGGUGUCCCCCUUCAGUGCUCUGCUAUCCUGAUCCGUGAAAAAGGUCUUCUGGAAGCAUGCAACCAGAUGAGAGCUGGGUAUCUUUUCCAGCCGGAUAAACUCUACAAUGUGGACUUUGAUACAGGGGAUAAAACUAUUCAGUGUGGCCGCCAUGUUGAUGUCUUUAAGCUAUGGUUAAUGUGGAAAGCAAAGGGAACCUGUGGCUUUGAGGCACAGAUCGACAGAUAUAUGGAACUUGCAAAAUACUUCUAUAAGGUUCUGAAGAAAAAAGAUAACUUUAAGCUCGUGUUUGAUGCAGAGCCUGAGUUCACCAAUGUCUGCUUCUGGUAUUUCCCACCAAGACUUAAACAUAUCCCAAAAGGUUGUGAAAGAGAUCAAGAACUCCAAAAGAUUGCUCCAAAGAUUAAAGCACAGAUGAUAGAGGAAGGCACAGCCAUGAUAAGCUACCAGCCAUGUGGGGACAAAGUAAAUUUUUUUCGAAUGGUCUUUUCUAACCCUGCCACAAGACGAGCAGAUGUUGACUAUCUCAUCGAUGAAAUUGAAAGGCUUGGAAAGGAUUUAUGAGACUUCAAUAUGAGCUUGAAUACAAGUGUGAAUAGCAACUUAAAAAAUCUGCUGCUGAAGAUAAGAGAGGAAUACUAUAAGCAGUUUCCUCUCUUUCAGGACUUAUGAUUCUCUUUUAUCCUUUGCUAUCUAAGAUGAUGAAAGGGAAGCCAAUUCACCAAAGAUAAAUAGAUUAAAUUCAAGUUCCUUCAUGUAUUUAUUAUUUUCAUUAAUUUGAUCAAAAUUAUUGAAAAUCUGCUUGCUAAAUGUCAGCUACUUGUUUUGGUAUAUUCAGAGUACAUCAGUAAAUAAGAAAGACAAAAAUCCCUCCUCUUGUAAAGGAGGAAGCUCCAUUGUGGGCAUUGAGUAACUUAGCAUAUAUUUACAUGUUGGAAUUAACUGAAUAAAGAUUUCCUGAAUUGAAAUAAUUUUCGAUAUCACAUGGUAGUAUUGUCUCUGUCAAAAAUAAAAUCAUA